AUGCUACCCACCGAGGGCGACAUGGCCGGCACAAAUGACCCGCUUGAGAUCACGGCGUUCCAGAAGAUGCUCUCGGCUACUACUGGUAGUCUAUUGACGGGCCUGUUAGUGACACCGCUCGAUGUAGUCAGAGUUAGGUGGCAGUCGCAGACAGUCAAGCAGCCUUCGUUGUCGCCAGACUUCCAAAAGCUUUCCAUCAAGACUCCCGAGGCGUUCCGACCGUCGAGCCUUGGAGUUACUGCCUGCUGCCGGGAGGUCUUUUUCAUGAACAACAACAGUGAGGUAUGCGUUGCUGGACCGAGGAUUGAGGGUGCAAUUGGGUCGUCGGCGGGGGAGUGCGCUGUUGAGCAGACACAGCAAAAGACAUUCAAUUCUACAUUCGAUGGACUGAGGAAGAUUGCGAGGAAUGAGGGCUUCUUCACACUGUGGCGAGGUCUGUCGCCGACCCUCCUCAUGGCCGUACCAGGAAACAUGAUCUACUACGCUGGGUAUGAAUGGUUACGCUUCAACAAAGCCAGUCCCAUUCAGCAGACUGUCAAGGAUGAGUAUGCACCCUUGGUAGCAGGUGCUACCGCCCGAGUCCUAGCAGCUGCAUCCGUUGGUCCGAUCGAGCUCUUCCGGACAAGGCUUCAAGCCUCCCAUGGCGAAACAGCGGCGGGACAUGUGAAGGACACCUUCCGCGGGAUACAGGAUAUGGUGCAAGCACAUGGAUAUCGCUCGCUUUGGAGAGGUCUGACCCUCACAUUAUGGCGAGAUGUACCCUUCUCGGGCAUGUACUGGUGGGGAUACGAAACUGUCCGGGCGCAAUUGACCGAUGCUCGCGAGCGGCACCGUGGUCGCGAUAUAGGUAUCGAAGGCCCCCGUGGACGUGCACGAAGGAGAUCACAGAGCCGAGAGAACCACCGGGACACAUUUAUGGACAGCUUCAUCGCUGGAGCAGUGUCAGGAGCAGCUGCAUCCAUUGCCACCAUGCCUUUUGAUGUGGGCAAGACUCGCACUCAGGUGUUCCGCGACACGGGCAAGGGCAUUGCCUCCAGUGCUGAGAAAGCCGCAGCUCCUGAGGAACAGACCAUGGUGAGACUGUUGUGGCAUAUCUUCAGGACAGAAGGCGCCUCAGGUCUUUUCAAAGGCUGGAUUCCGCGAACAUUGAAGGUCGCCCCCGCCUGCGCGAUCAUGAUCAGUAGCUAUGAGGUUGGAAAGAAGGUCUUCCGUGGCAUCAAUGAGAGGGCAUUGAAGAAGGACACGCAGCAUGAGUAA